CUCCAUUAGCCAAUCAGCAUCUACCUUCAUCAGCGCUGGGAGAAGUUCACAGUGGGUAGCCAGUCUGGUCCGUAGCCACGAUGGAUGCAAUACCAUGCCUUCUGUUCGUCCUUCUGUUCUGGACAAGGAUACAAGAAAAUACCGCCCUCCAGUGUUACUGUGACCGCUGCAGUGCCAAUUCCAGCUGCGUGACCGACGGUGUCUGUUUCGUCGCCAUCCGCAAGUCAGGAAGCCGGCAAACCACAGAGCAGCGCCAGUGUGUACACGAAAACGAACUGAUUCCACGAGACCGGCCCUUCAUCUGUGCGCCAUCUGUCAAACACGAAACCGGCAUUUACCCAAUAUGCUGUACCACGGACUACUGCAACAAAGAUCCCGACCCUGGUAUCUUCCCUGUCCCCACAAUAAAGACCCCUCCUCUUGGCCCUGUUGCUCUCGCAGCAGUGAUUGCCGGCCCGGUGUGUGUGCUCUGCUUGCUGUUGGUCUUGGCGUUCUAUGUUUGCCAUAGCCACAGGGGCCUGGGGGCGGGAGGUGCAGGGCCCCAUCAUCACCACCAUCAUCGGGUUCCCAACGAAGAGGACCCCUCAAUGGACCACCCCUUCAUCACAGUUGGAACAACGCUGAAGGACCUCAUAUACGACAUGACCACCUCAGGCUCUGGAUCAGGCCUACCACUACUGGUACAGAGGACCAUUGCCAGGACCAUCAUCCUCCAGGAGAGCAUUGGAAAGGGGCGUUUUGGGGAAGUGUGGCGAGGCAAAUGGCGUGGCGAAGAGGUGGCUGUGAAGAUCUUCUCCUCCCGUGAGGAGCGCUCCUGGUUCCGCGAGGCUGAGAUCUACCAGACUGUGAUGCUGAGACACGAGAACAUUCUGGGUUUCAUCGCUGCUGACAACAAAGAUAACGGGACGUGGACUCAGCUGUGGCUGGUGUCAGAUUACCACGAACAUGGCUCCCUGUUUGACUACCUGAACCGCUACACCGUCACCGUGGAGGGCAUGAUCAAACUGUCCCUGUCCACAGCCAGCGGCCUUGCCCACCUCCAUAUGGAGAUAGUGGGCACGCAAGGGAAGCCUGCUAUUGCCCACAGAGACCUGAAAUCAAAGAACAUUCUGGUGAAGAAGAACGGCACCUGCUGCAUCGCUGACUUGGGUCUCGCUGUCCGCCAUGACUCAGCCACUGACACCAUCGACAUCGCUCCAAACCACAGAGUGGGAACCAAAAGGUAUAUGGCACCGGAGGUCCUGGACGACUCCAUAAACAUGAAACACUUUGAGUCUUUCAAGCGAGCUGACAUCUACGCCAUGGGCUUGGUCUUCUGGGAGAUCGCCAGCCGCUGCUCUAUGGGAGGCAUCCAUGAGGACUACCAGCUGCCCUACUAUGACCUGGUUCAGUCAGAUCCAUCAGUGGAAGAGAUGAGGAAGGUGGUUUGCGAGCAGAAGCUUCGGCCCAACAUCCCCAACCGCUGGCAGAGCUGUGAGGCCUUGCGGGUGAUGGCGAAGAUUAUGAGGGAGUGUUGGUAUGCCAACAGUGCUGCCCGACUCACCGCUCUCCGAAUCAAGAAAACCUUGUCACAGCUCAGCCAACAGGAGGGAAUCAAGAUGUAGACACAACUACCAAACACACACACACACACACACACACACACAGACACACACACCUCUGACUGGCAUCCAUAUCUGUUAGCAUUACAGCAUCACAGCAUUAUUAUCUUCAUUUUUAUUCAUUCAUCGAUUAUUUCUCUCCCUUGGUUGGAAGGGAAGUGAAGACUUUUCUUCUCUCCUUGUUCCCAUUUCUCCUUAUCCAAUUUCAUUCAUUGACAAACUAAUGAGUUCUGCAGGUAAAACUGAGGAGCCUAUGUGUGUAAGUGUGUGUUGCUCUGGGCUGACGUACACGCACACACGAAAGGCUGGAUGCAUGAUUCAAAUUAGGGAUGGUUGUGCCUAAAGGGGAUAAAAGAGGCUUUAAGAGAAGCCUCCAUUCAUUAUCCUCCAUCUUGCUUUACUGUUCAUCACAAGAAGUCUCUGAAGGCCCAUUGGGUCAACUGGUUUACAUCCAAGUCCCGCCUCCACCAUUUAACACACACCCAACCAAUAAGAGCUCAGACCGCAUCAGGUAAACAAGAGGCCAGACAGGGAGUCAUAUGGGGGCCUCUCAUCUUCAUCGUCACCCCUUCAUUUGUAUAUUAGCAUUUCAUUCUUCACUUCAGAGUUAAGCCACUCUUCAGUAGGGCUGCAACUUGCUCUUUUUCAUCUUUCACCGAUGUUGUGGGUUCUGGAAAUGUUUCGAGUCAUCCAAAGCACGUGAUCUGUCGUUAGCUCGGUGCAUUCUGUAAUGAAUGUGUCCAGGUGCGCUGCGCCCACAACACCAGUGUGCUGUGUUUUCAGGUUAGUUACAGGAGUUUACAUUCCUCAUUACAGUGAAGAAUGUACUGGGGGGCAGUACUCAUUAAAUAUCUGCCCAACAGUACGUGUGUGAAAGCAAAGAAAUGCCUUAAGGAAACCCCUAAUUGUGAAAUUUAACCACCACUUAAUAGUUAAGCAAACAGACUUUAGUCAAAAUGUCAUUACCACUUCAUUAGUAGCAUUUCAAUCUUUAAUUUGUGACUGAAGUGAGGGGAGGAAUGCGGUCUGUGGUCACCUUUAGUCAUCUUGAGUCUGGAAAAUAGCAAAGUGAACUGAGUAGGCUAGUGUCUUAUUUACUUAAUUGUUGACUUUGAUGCUUUGAGAACAUGAUAAUCGAUCAAGUCUACGUGUUUGAGUCGUGUUUUGACUCAGCAUGAAGUCUGACGAGAAAACGAUACAAAAUAUUCUAUUUUGAUGACAAAAUCGAACGGUAUAAUGGCUACAUUUCCGUUGUUAAAACGAUGUGAAGAACUGAGCUGAUCAGGUUUGCAUUCUGUCAGGCAUAUGAUUUAAGACAGACGUUCAGAUAAGCUGUUGCUGUUAUAUAUAUAUAUAAUAAUGGAAUUCUCCACAUAAAUUUAGAUAGAAGACUUUCACCGUGAAACGCUUCAGUGCUAUAAAUUCUGUGGUGUUUAAAUUUCAUUGUUCAAAUGAGGUUGAGGUUUUAACCCAAGGAAAUGACAAACGGGUGUCACGUUAAUGUGCACCGCACAUUUUGAAACACGUAUGCAUAUUCUUUCUCUCAUUUCUCUCUCUGUUCACUUUAAACAAUUACCGAUUUCUUGGCUAUUGGUGUGCUGGUCGAAAAUGGAGGAACAAAAUAAGAAGACUGUCAUGGCUAUGUGACACAGUUCCUCUUAAUCUCAGAGCUGGGAGUGACUAGGCCGUGAGUUCUCGUAUUUCAAAGAGAUAAGAAGAUUCCACAAAGAAAACGGCUCUGAAUUCUAAUGAUUGCAGCCCUACUCUUGAGUCGUGUUACAGUAGCAUUGGGAGCUGAGGGGAGGACAGGGGCGGGGGGUUAUGGGACAGUGUGUAAGCCGCCCUGUGGGGGUCCAGACCCCGGCUUCAUCUGUUCUUCAUCUAGUCGGGUUGUAAGCAGAAUAUCUCAUCUCUGCAACAGUUUUGCACCUGUUUUUUUUUUUUUUUGUUUUGUUUUUUUUGCCAUUUGUUACUGUUGUAUUUCCCCGUCUCCCUCCCUGUUGGUAGGGAGUCGAACAGGUCAGUUUAAUUUAUUGUGUUUUUUGAAUUUUCUUUCUGGUGGCAGGGGAUUUUUCUUUUUCUUUUUUUUUUUUUGCAAAACUAAACUGGACAUGAUGACCUCAUUCAUUUUUGGCAAACAUGCUGCAACAUAUGCAAUAUACAGUAGAUAAAUGUGUCUAUUUUCUAUACUCUGCUCUGCUAAACCACAAACAGCAAGAACAACAACAACAACAACAACACCAACAAUCAGCUGCCACCAUGCCUUCCAAGCCAGCUGUUACCGGAAAGUGCCAGUGCUUUAAAAACCCAACUCCUCUCAUGUCGGCUGCUGUGGAAGUGUGUUUGCUCUUGCGCGUGUGCAGCUUCGUGUGUGUGUGUGUGUGUGUGUCAGAGGAGGCCUGCCGAGCAUACAGCAAGCUCAUACUAUGCACACCCAGGAAGAUGGGACGGAAAGCAAGAUGGGCCACACACCCGCACGUCACAGCACCCACGACUCAGCCGACUCUCUGGUGCCAUCUCGUCAGACCCCCCCUCACCCGAACACCCAACCACCUCAGCAACAACUCAUUGUAUACAGCUUCUCCUCCUGGUGGACAGAGUCUGGAAACUGAGCUCCAGCACCUCAAACUGUGUUUAGUUGCCACAAAAGCUCACAGCAGCUUUCGAAAAGAGACACAAAGACUUGUAAGCAUUACUGAUGUUGCCCUAUAAAUGUAAAUUCUUUUUGAUUUUUUUUGGGGGUUUUUUUUUGGUCCUUUUCACAUGUUGUUGACAGCGCAGCAGUGCUGAAUCGACCUUUCAGACGUUUUCUUCUUUGUAGGAUAAUCAACAAAAAUGAGGUACAUUCAUUUAAAUAUAGCAAACGGAUAUUUACUAAGCCAUAGGUUUUCCAGGUUGCAUUUGUUUUGUUUUUUUUCCUUUUUUUUGUGGCAAGGUCUUUUUCUACUAGAAUGUACAUUAACGACAAACAAAAGAUGAAAAAAUAUGCGUUAAAUAGACAAUUAUGUCAUUUCAUAUUAGCAAGCCUUAAGGGACCAACACAUAAGAGUCAGGAUCUACUCUUAUUUUGUUUUUCCUUGUUUUGUUUCAUUUUACUUUGUUUGAGUUUUUAUGAAAAGAUACAUAUAUAUAUAUCUAUAUAUAAUUGAUUACUAUGAUAAAGGAAGUGUCAUUAUUCUAUCUAAAGGAGAAAAAAAAUAUAUGUAGCACCUGAUUUAAGAGUUUGUUUUAGUCAAGUGUUUGUGUCCUGUUGCCAAAUUGCCAUACAUCUAAACCCACUUGAUCUUAUUUUAGUCUAAGUUCCAUCUAAAGCACUUCGUCUUUUAGUACACAGGUCAAAACCAAGUCUCAUAAUUGCAGUUGCGCUCAUAACCUUACAUACCCUGGCAGAAUUUGUGCUUUCUCUGCCAUUUGUCAGAGAAUAUGAAUGAUAACACUAAAACUUUUCUUUCACUCAUGGAUAGUGGUUGGGUGAAGCCAUUUAUUAUCAAACAACUGUGUUUACUCUUUUUUUUAAAUCAUAACUAUCCACAUGACCCUGAUCCAAAGUUUACAUACCCCAGUUCUUAAUACCACGUACUGCCCCCUUUAACAUCAAUGACAGUCUUUUGUGGUAGUUGUGGAUGAGGCUCUAUUUUCUCAGAUGGUAAAGCUGCCCGUUCUUCUCGGCAAAAAGCCUCCAGUUCCUGUAAAUUCUUGGGCUGUCUUGCAUGAACAGCAUAUUUGAGAUCUCCCCAGAGUGGCUCAGUGAUAUUGAGCUCAGGAGACUGAGAUGGCCACUCCAGAACCUUCACUUUAUUCUGCUGUGGCCAGUGACAGGUCGACUUGGCCUUGUGUUUUGCGUGAUGGAACGCCCAAGUACGUCCCCUGCGCAGCUUCCGGGCUGAGGAGUGCAAAUUUUCCUCCAGUAUUUUCUGAUAACAGGCUGCAUUCAUCUUGCCAUCAAUUUUGACCAAGUUUUCUGUGCCUUUGUAGCUCACACAUCCCCAAAGCAUCAGCGAUCCACCUCUGUGUUUCACAGUAGGAGUGGUGUACCUUUCAACAUAGGCCUUGUUGACUCCUCUCCAAAUGUAACGUUUAUGCUUGUGGCCUGAAAGUUCAAUUUUGGUCUCAUCACUCCAAAUGACUUUGUUCCACAAGUUUUGAGGCUUGUCUUGGCGUAUUGUAAGCAUGAUGCUUUGUGCCAUUUGCGGAGUAAUGGCUUUCUUCUGGCGACUCGACCAUGCAGCCCAUUUUUCUUCAAGUGCCUCUUUAUUGUGCAUCUUGAAACAGCCCUACCACUUUUUUUUUUCUCUUUUUUUUCCCAGAGAGUCCUGUACUUCAGCUGAAGUUUUUUUGUGGGUUUUUCUUUGCAUCCCAAGCAAUUUUCCUGGCAGUUGUGGCUGAAAGUUUUGUUGUUCCACCUGACCGUGAUUUGGUUUCAACAGAACCCCUCAUUUUCCACUUCUUAGAGUUUGAACACUGCUGAUUGGCAUUCUCAAUUCCUUGGAUAUCUUUUUAUAUCCCUUCCCUGUUUUAUACAGUUCAAUUACCUUUUCCUGCAGAUCCUUUGACAAUUCUUUUGCUUUCCCCAUGACUCAGAAUCCAGAAACGUCAAUGCAGCACUGGAUGAAAGAUGCAAGGGUCUGUCAGGAGCCCAGAAAUUCACUGAUCUUUUAAACACACACACUGAUUACACAGAUCACAGGUGAGGAUGCUUACCUUUAGUAGCCAUUCAAACCCGUUUGUGUCCACUUGUGUGCAUGUUAUCAGGCCAAAAUCUCCAGGUUAUGUAAACUUUUGAUCAGGGUCAUUUGGGGAGUUUCUGUUGUCAUUCUGAUUUAAAAAGACUAAACACAGUUGUUUGAUGAUAAAUGGUUUCACCCAACCAUUAACCGUGAGUGAAAGAAAAUUUUUUCUCUUAUCAUUCAUAUUCUCUGGAAAAAAAAAAAAAUCACAAAUUCUGCCAGGGUAUGUAAGCUUAUGAGCACAAAUGUAGAUACAGGUUAAUGCACACAGAGACAAGAAUUAAUACAUCCAGUAAAUUAGAUCUGCCAGUGAUUUGCUCAAAGGAAUCCCACAUUGUCUUUCAAUUGUUCAGCAAUAAGUGCACUUCUGAACCACUGCGGGGUUUACCUGUGUGGCAGUUUGGAUGUAGUUGAGUCCGUCUGUCUCCAUUGCUUUUCUUUAUGGAUACAUAAUGUAUUGAUGUGCUGCUACUUAGUUGUCCACCUUGCAUUCUGAGUCGAGGUGAGAGCUGCCAUUGGAUGUAAAUAUCCUCAGAUUUCCUGAAUCUGAUCAUUGCGUGCCAUGUUGCUUUGACUCGAACCCAGCCCGUCAUCGUUUGGUAGGCAGUCCUCUCAAAGACUUGUUGAAGUAUGUUAGAGAGUUGUUGUCAGCCACCAUCCAUGGAAGUUCAGGAGUCCACCCCCUCCACCCUCUGCUGCAGCUCGUAUCGCAGAGGUCUUCCUCUCUGGUUCAAAGUGCUGAUCAGUUCAGUCAGCUGCUUUAGCGUUCAGCUAGAAUGAAAGGCUGCAGCUUCCAUGGAACAUGGUUGAAAACCCCGGUGCCAAUCUAUUGAUGAGCAUCAGAGUAGCUUCUCCGCUCUGCUGUGAUGCCCAUACUUGAAAAACAUUUGGAAAUGCAUUGAGAUGUAUUUAUCUCUACCAGAAGUCCAAGUGUAGAGGAUAGCAAAUACAUUGUGUUGGGGGUCUUAAUUUGUUUAGUAAAAUGUGCUUGUUGAUGCCCUUCUAGCAACCGAUAGUGUAAUAACAAAUGAGUAUGUCAUAAUAUGUUAAAAUAUGCAAGUGCACCUGUUAAAAAAAUGUAAUCACACUGUUUAAGCGUUUAAUCUAUAGACCAUGUAAUAGCAGUUUUAAUGAAGCUCCUCGAAGGCAGUGACUCCUUUGCAGGCUGCACUUUUUGUCUGGAAUGAUUUGUCAACAAAAGAAAAAAAACAAUCAGCAAUAUGAAAAAGCCACUGUAGGAUAUAUAUAUAAUAUAAUAUAAUAGCUCGACAGCUCGCUCUUGACCUUUGAGACAGCAGAUGACCAAACAGUCUUCAGUCAUGGUCCACUUAUUCCAGACACAGAUGGAGUUCAGAGCUCAUGCAGAAUGGAUCAUUAGGUGAGAGUAGGAUAUUUACACUGUUGGUUGUUUGGACUUUGACCUUGUCGCUCUCCACAAGGAACACUCAGCGCAGUAGGGAGUGACUGUACCUUUUUACAACACUGAUGAAAAGCCCUAAAAAUGUUUGGAACAAUAAGACGUUUGAGGAGCAACGGCAAAUUUCAGUCGCUGAUAAAGACCAUAUGGUUGUCUGCACAACCAUUUGAGUCACUGUAUCGCAUAGAGAAAUUGUUGAAUUUAAAUCGAAAUCUUACUGAGCCAUCUCUACCGUUCAGUCAAGGUAUGCUAUGCUUAAAAAAUAUACAUAACAAUAAAAAAAUAAUUCUUGGUGCCCAAUAAUAAUUUAAAAUAAUUUUUACAUUGCUUUUUUCUUGGAGUGAACAUCAAAGGAUUAAGGUCAAGAAACAAAGUGGACCUUGAUUGGAGAUCGUAAAAUGAAACCUUUAUCAAAAGCUCUUUGACCAGCUAAUUGCUACGGUCUUAAUUUAUAAAUGCUGUUAUGUUUUUAGUAGAAUGAGACAAAAUCUGUAUAUUUAGUUGGCAGAAGUAAUAGAACAGCAUUUCACCAGCAAUAUCCCAUAGCCUUUUGAACUGUGCAGAAGACCUCUAACGUGAUAAAUUCAUGUUUGUGAAAAUUACAUUAUCAGUUGCUACGGGUCAUUAUUCAGUGGUUUCCCUUUUCAUCAUUUGUUAUUUGAAAAAAAAAAAAAAAACGCAGUUUGGCAAAAAGCAGACAAAUUGUGAUGUACCCACCCUUACGCUUCCACUGUUCAGUUGUUCUUGUAAAUGAAGUAUUCUUAAGUAACUAGAAAUGGUCAGCAGCAGCAGAUAAGCCUUGUAAAUAUCUUGUGGAGUAAACAAAAAGAAGAAAGCUGUCCUCAUAUUUGAAGAAAGUAAAGUGGAUAUCGCUGCUAUGUUGAAUACAAAAAGGGUGACAGACUAUGCUGAAUUAGAUGUUAAAUGUGUACAAAAGUGGUUCAAAUCUUAGCGUUAUCCCUUUAAGCCCUGGCUAACUGCUGGGUCUUUGGGUGGGAUUGAGACUGUAUAGGGUGUGUUUUCCAUUAGCAUUGUCAUUCUCUGGGACAUUAACAACAGCAAAAGCUCAACAGCACCACUGGUAUGCCUCUACUAGGACAACCUUCAUUCUGUCUUAAAGUCACCAGCAGCCUUGUAUUUUUUCUUUUCAAAACCCAAGAUGACUUAACUGUAAAAAGACAUUUUUGCACCCAGCUUGUUUUCUCUUGUGCUCUUUAUACAGCAAGCUUUCUGUCCUUGACUCUGUCUUGCCUUUCUCUCUUGUCAUUCCACUUUCUCCAACUGACUUAACAGAUAUCUCCUAGCUACAAGGGCCACGCUAGCAGUUCCUCGGCUUCAUGCCUCCAUACUGGGUGGAACCACCAACCUGCAUCCAACCCUGUCAACUUUUUUUAUCUCUUUAAACUCAGAUCUAAAGGCUGGGGUAUGUUGGAAACAAAUCUGUUUUGUAUAGUGCAAUGAGUCAUACAAAGGAGGAUAACAGCUCACACUUUCAGUCUCUCAAAGAUAUUCAUUGUGUUGCAGAAAAUGAUAACCGAGAGCUUGAGGGAGAAAUUUGAACUUUCUCACCUUUCACACCUGGUGAAUCACCAAAGUGGGCAUGCUUGUCAGAUUGGUUUCAGAAUGUUACAAAAUUUAUUUAUGUAUUUUUUUUGGAAACAGCCCUGACAAGCACUUCAUUUGAAGCUGAUGCUUUAAAAAGAAAUAAAUAAAAAGUCUAGCCGUUACUAUUUCACUGCCACAAUUCGCCACACUGCUUUCUUGUUAAAACAUUGUGCCUACAUCACCCAUAAUUCACCUCGACCACAGACGCUUCAAUCAUAGUCUUGUUUGUGUUAUGCUAGUAGCAGCUAAUGUGGCCUGGAGUUACUAGCCUCGAGCAGAAUGAAGAGUGAGCUAACUCUACACCCCCCAGAUUUUUUCCAUAUAUAACAGGGCUGGGCAAUUAAUGCACAGAAGCAGAUCCGUGCGUCCACACGUAAAUAAUGAAAACGCCAGGCUUUUCAAAAUAAAAGCAAUCCGGUUGUAUUGCACGCACGGCAUAAAUACUUGUUCAUUUAGUUCAAGACUAAGACUAUUUCUCCAUGCGUGCAGUAGUACUCCCCAGUACCUGCGAACACACUCAGAUGUGUAAACUUGGUGGAGUUCCCCUUUAGGUGCUCUACAGACUUGCUUGUUGGAUGUCCCACAAUGAGCCAAAACACCUUGACUGUCUUUGAGAACAGACUGUGUGACAGCGUGUUCUGUUAUGUCCAUAUUGUAACUAUUGUCUCACCUUGCCUGUCUCCCUGAGGGCAGGCUUUUCACCCCGCCUCUGAUCGUGGCCAUAUUUAAUAGCUUUUUCCUUCGACGUGGCUGGACAACAUGUCGUACAAAUUAGUCUGUUUGGAACAUUCGUUGGCCUUGGGGUUAUAAAAGGGGCUGUACUGUCUCCCAUUGUCUGAAAGUAUUGAGACUGAACCUGUAAAUCCGAUAUCAUUUGUGGCUUCUUUGGGUUUGAUGAACAGUUUUGUGGCUUCGGUAACUCAGUCACCGUCUUGGACGUGAACCAUUUUGAAAAUUUAUGAAGAAAACGUUGUUCUUUCUCUUGGAGAAUCUUACCUUGCCUGCUCUGUCCUUAGCUCAGAUUACAGAGGGGGAGGAGGUCGCUGUACACUGUUGGUAUGCAGCCAUCAUGCAAUUUUAACCUUGGUCCACUGGUCAACACAGCUGAAGGUUGUGAAUGGGAACAGCAAUGUAGCUGAGCCAUUUUGUGACUCAAACCUAUUAAAUGAGAUGCACUCUGUUCGGUCAAAUAUGCAGCCUUUUCAUGCCAUUCUUUUAAGCCAAGAAAGGUACAGAAUGGGUAGUUUUUCCUGCUCUGUUUGCAUUGAUGGAGGGCCAAAACAGGGAGGUAACAUAAACUAUGCCAGCAGCUCAACCGCGUCAAACCACGCACUGAGUGAUUCCCACAGCUGUGAAUGUAUCGGCCCUUUCAGAGUCUCCAACCAGUCUGAGCACAACCUGCGUAACUCAGCCCAAAGGUCAAGGCAGCGACUUUAUGAGCAUGCAAAUAUCCACCACACGGGUCUGUUUCUAUCUGUCUCUCGUUAUGCAAAGUCUGGGCCAAUCAUGUCUGCCCACUCAGUCCCUCUGGAUCACACAGGUUGUAUGACCUAUCUAUGCUUGCAUGAUCCACACACUGUGAUGAGGAACGUGUUAGGGUCAAAAGAUUAUCAUGUUCUCCCUUCAUGGUUGCCCUCCAUCACCUCAAAGAUCUGCUUUGUGAUUGUCAAGCGUUGCAGUUGAUGUGAGUGGUUUGGGUCACUGAAGGGUUCAGGUGUUGCUUGGUUUGAACUGUUUUCUUCUCUGGUUCGAUGCUGAAGUGAGGCCUUUGUGGCAACAAGGGUAGCAGAAAGCUUUAUCAUGUUUUAUUUGGUGCCUAAGUUUGACAAGACUUUUUUUUUUCUUUUUCUUUUUUUUUUCUUUUUUACUUUUCACCUCGAAUGACAAGACUGCAUGUGAUUGUGUGUCUGCAUUGAUGUCUGCUUUAUAGAUGCCAUCCAAAAGCUGAGACGUAUCUUAAAAAGCAUAAUUAACAUAUUAAAAAGGUCACUUAAUCAAAAAGAAAAUACCUCCUUUUAAAGACCAAUGUGUUUUACCUCACUGUACAUAUAUAUUCUCGAUUUGUUUACUCCAAGUUUGCAAUUUAUCUUUCUCUUUUGUUUCUAUGAAAUGCUUAAAAAAAAAAAAGUUGAAGAGAAUAAUUUUCUUUUAUUUUCAAUGGUACUUUUUUGUCAGAUGGCAUUGUAUUGUGUUUGCGUAGUUCCCAAGCAGUAUACUAUUCCUCUUUUACCAUGCUCUGUAUAUGACCUGUUGGUUGUGUUCUGCGUGAGCUGUACAGUCAAAGCGCUUUACAAAUGUCCAAGCCCCCUUCUGAGCUCUGGUACAAAUGCCUUGUUCAAUAUGUUCUUUUUGUUUAAUGAAAAAAAAAAAAAAAAAAAAGAAUAAAAAAAAAAGAGUCAAAGUGGAGGUGGAGGAGGCUGGAAGUGAGGGGAGGGACUGUAAAGCGAGAACCCCUCAACAACUGUUGAACCCUCCUCACCUCACAACCCUCUUGGAUUUCUAAAUAUAUUAUAAUCUUGACUUUUUUUAUAUAGUGUGUACAGAUGAAUGAAAGAUCAACAUAGGAACUAGAGGAUUGACACUUAUGUUAACUUCUAACAUAGCUGGAGUAGAAAAUGGUGUGAAUAAAGAAACAAAGUUUCACAACAGGA